AGAAAGUGUCACUUCAACUUCAAUAAGAACAAAACAAUACUUAGUUGAGCUAGUUGGAAAAUAAAGCUAUGAUCCUUUUUCGAACUGGAAAACGAUUUCAUCAUCCAUUCAGAAUAUUGUUGACAGUGGAAGUUGAGAGUUCAGUCAACUCAAUAAGUAUGGAUGACGAAGUAUAUUAUACACACAUUAUUUACAUAUUCAAACAUUCUGAUUGAAACUGCUGAUAUUCACAAUUUUUCGAUACCACUGUCUCUUUCUAUUUCUUCCGCAGUAACUAGAGCUUUGUUCUCAAUUUUGUUGAAUAUUAGAUAUGUUUUGUUUUUAUGUAUCAAACUGGCUGAUAUUGGUGCAACUAGUAAUUUCCUGGGACCUAUCCAGUUAUGAUGUGGAGAAAAACUUGUAUGUGUCAAGUAUAGCAGUGUAUAGGACAAGAGCCUUCUUGGCAUUACCAAGAAGUGUUUGCCACAAUAAUGAAACUGGUCCUACAUUGGUUGAAACUCUUUGGACUGGAGACAUCUUCCAUUCGUCUUCAAAUUUAUUAUCGGGAAGGAGACAAAAGGUACAAGUCCAUCAAAAUUGGAAUGACUGUGAGCAUAUCCAGGAUGCAAUUUCUUUAGAUAUUGAGAUAAAGCGACAUAGAUUAUGGAUUUUGGAUAGAGGAAAUACGCUUUGCCAUCCAAAAAUAAUAUCAUUCAAUUUGUUGUAUAAUAUCAUUUCGGAUGUUAGUGAGCUAGCAAAUAUAUCAGGCGAACAUUUGAAUGUAAUCACUAUCGAUCCAGAAAUUGGAAAACAUGGGUAUAGAGCUUACAUCGCAAGGACAGGCAACAAUGAGAUACUGGUGUUAUCACUGAACAAAUUGAUAUGGUGGAAACUCAAAUUAUCUGAACCGAGCAAUCCUCUGAAGACUAUAAAAGCAGACUUCUUAGCCAUUUCGAAAACCUCGCCACAGCUAUUCCUUACUAGUAAGGACGACGAUGAAUUGUUCGCAUUGGAUAUAAAAAAUAUAAGAAAUUCUGAGAAUCAAGUGGCUUUGGAAACAACGGUAGUGCCUUAUAAUGUUACAUCAGUUGGGAGAAAACUAGGAUUAUCUAGUGGUUUGGAAACCGACCUCAAAUCUGGACUAAUCUACUUCAUGACGAGGGAUUAUGCGAUUGUCCGAUGGGUGAUAGGUUCUCCUUUGGAAGCCGAAUUUCACAAUGUAUUGAUGCAAUCCUAUGAUAAGCUACCAUACGUAUCACAGUUAUUCACAGACCCUCAGAAAAGCAUUUGGGCUUUAGUGAAUAAGGAUAAUCCUGAGGAAUGUUCGACCAGAUCUACUUCAAAUGAAUCAGAAAGCGCUUUGGGAAGCAGAGUUGUCCGAAUAUUAAGAUACAGCAAAUUCAGGAAUGAAAUAGAACGUGAAGAAUGAUAUUCAAUAAAAAAAUAAUUCGU